CGCAGUCGUUCUCGUUCACGUUCACCGGCGCGCAGACGGCGGUCUCGCUCCAGAAGCAGAGAAAGGGAACCAUCGUACAAUGCCCCUGUAAACAAGUUGGCGCUGCUAAAUAUGCCGAACAACGUUGAUAGGAAUGCCAUCGCAUUGGUGCUGGCAGCUUCGGGUUAUCUACCACAAGAUAUCCGUGUGAUUACUCGUCGAGGUGGCUCGCGUUCGUUCGGGUUUAUCGACUUUGCCGAUGUGAAGACGGCCAUCAAAUGGAUGGACGAGAACAAGGGAUGGCUAACGUUACAAGAUGGACGUCGUGUGCAAGUGGAGUACGCUAAAAGUGAUCCGGCCAGUGCUGGACGACGUACGGAUCACGACUGGACAUGUGCCAACUGCUCUGUCCAAAAUUUCUUCAAACGUGACGCUUGUUUCAAGUGCGACACGGAGAAAGGAGCGUCGAUGAAGCUUGAGCGGCAAGGCCUGCACAUGGUUGGCGUAGUACCCUGCGAUACACUUCUAAUCAGAGCAUUACCCGAAGGGUGCACGACGGCAAUGCUGUUUGAGAGCCUCAGUCAGUAUACAGCGCUCACGUCGAUUGUACAGCUUCAGAUCUCGGACUCAAAGCAAUACGCAUAUAUACAGAUGAAAAGUAGCGACGAAGCCACGUUAUUAUUGAAUUCGUCGUACAAAACUCCGAUCAAGAUAGCAGGAAAAGAUGUUGUAAUGACAUUCUGUCGCCACUCUAUGACGCAUCUCAUAAGGCAGCAGAUAAGCAUGUUGCAAAGUCGAAAUCCUGCUCCUCCAGUGAGUACGCUUGGAAUGAAUCCAAAUGCUCAUGGUGCUGAAGUAGCUCAAGCAGCAAUGGCGGCAUUACGGCAAUCGCAGGGACAAACAAUGCCACCUAAUGUCGCCGUGCCACCUCAACACAUGAUCUUAAUGCAGCAACAGCAGCAACAACAACAGCAAGCGGUGAUGGGACCAUCUCAAGCACAGUUUAAUAUGCCACCAAUGGCACAACAAGUACAAAUGAUGCCUACGACAUCUAUGCAAGCAGGAAUGAUGCUGCAGCCACCAUCAUUGCAGGCAGUAGCAGGAGCGACACCCGCUUACGCAGUUGUGGCACCGACACCGGUGAAUGGAAUAAUUGGUAUGACGCCGACGCCUCGAGGAGUGUUCUCCAAAUACGUAACACCGAAUCCGGCAACAUUUUGUUAUGAUCAAACAGCAGGCUAUUACGUGGAUCCUGAGACGAAAUUUUACUAUGAUCAAAAAACUGGUUAUUAUUUCAACAAUGAUACGCGGAAGUGGUGCACAUGGGAUGCCACCUACAGUACCUAUUUCCCGAUCGAGGAGAAUACGACUGAAAAUAAUUCAACAGCGACUACAAGUACUGGCGGUCAACCUGCUGAAACGGCUCCUCCAGCUGAAGAGAAGAAAGAGGAGAAGCAAGAUGAUGCGCAGAAAAGCGCUAAGGAUAUUGCUAAGGAAAUGAUGAAGUGGGCGAAAAAGCAAGAGAAACAGAAGGUCCAGAUGUCAUUAAAGCCGCUCGUUAAGCCGUUGGAGACGAAAAGCGCAUUUGAAAGGAAUCAGGCGGGCGCAGCUAAUGUUGCCCAUAAAAUGUUAGAGAAGAGCAAGCAAGGAUUAUCCAACGUUAGCGAUUCGGACGAAGAUGAGGAAGGCUCUGGAGAUGAGAAAAAGCGGAGUGAAUCGGGUGAAGAAGAACCUACAGAAACUACAGCUACAGAAGCUCCGGUACCACCUCGGCGCCAUCUGCCGACGGCACAAGAGCAUAGGGAGAUGAUGGAACGUGCCUUGGUGGACGAGGGGAAGAAGAUGUGUCUUUUAUGCAAGAGGGCAUUCCCUAGUGUCGACGUCUUGAGAAAGCAUGUGGAGAAAAGUGAAUUGCACAAGAAAAAUCUCGAGGAGAAGCGGGUAGAGUGGGGCCGCCAGUACGUGACGGCAAUGAUGGAAAGGGAUGAUGAGGAAGCACAAGCGCUUGCUGCAGCCGCUCUUCCUCAGUUAGAACAGAAGAUCGUGUAUAGAGAUCGAGCAAAGGAGCGGCGACAGCAGUUUGGCCUGGAUCCUGGAGUGGUGGACCCUCGCGAGGAGUUUGGUGGACGGAGUGAAGAAGCGCUCAGGAAAGAGUCUGAAUUAGCGUCCAUGCGACCGUUGGGCAACGAUAAUAUAGGAAGCCGGCUACUGAACGAUGGAAUUGUUAACCCGAUCGAGGCGCAGAGGCCGAGUCGCACGGGAGCGCGGUUAGGAGCAGCGGCUCGAGAGUGGUAUGCAUGGCCGAUGGAGCAACGCAUCAGGAACGAGUUCGUGCGACAUUCUACGCAGUACAAGGAUAUGAACUGA